AAAAAAUAACUAACUGACGAGGCAAUCCCCUUCUGCCUAGUGGAGAACUGGCUUCGCAAUUUCCGUCGAAGCCAUUACUGCUAUAAUAAUAUCUUCACUUCCACUAUUCUCUCUGUUCGUUAUUAUCUUCUUCUCUCCCGUCGAUGGCAUCUAUAUCACCGUCUGGAAUCUGUCUCCACCGCACAUCCGCCGCAUUCCACCGUCAGCUGCCUUGCUUGCUCUUAUCUCUAUCCGGCCACAAACUUGCUGCUUCCACUAAAUUUUACCUUCCUCUACGUCUUUCGUACUCUCGAGACACCUUUCGCCUUGCUUCAGCCAACACUUUGACGGCCAAUUCUGUACCGCCCAGAAAUGGUGUGUAUACGGUAGGUGAUUUCAUGACCAGGAAAGAGGAGUUACAUGUGGUAAAGCCCACAACAUCCGUAGAUGAAGCAUUGGAAGCUCUAGUGGAACACAGGAUCACUGGUUUCCCUGUGAUUGAUGAUAACUGGAAACUAGUUGGUCUUGUUUCUGACUAUGAUCUAUUAGCACUCGACUCUGUAUCAGGUACAGGAACAGCUGAUGCAGGAAUAUUUCCUGAAGUAGACAGCAACUGGAAAACAUUCAAUGAGGUUCAAAAGUUGCUUGGCAAGACCAAAGGGAAAGUGGUUGGUGAUCUGAUGACACCUGCUCCUUUAGUAGUUCGUGAAUCUACCAAUCUUGAGGAUGCAGCAAGACUUUUACUCAAAACAAAAUAUCGUCGGCUUCCUGUGGUAGAUGGUAAGGGUAAGCUGGUGGGAAUAAUAACAAGAGGAAACGUUGUAAGGGCCGCCCUUCAAAUAAAGCGGGCAACAGAAAUGGAAGAUUGACAUGUACCAAUACAAGUUAACCGUAAAAAACAAGUAACACAGUUUGUCCCUUCUUCCACAGGAUCUGGUGGUCAAGGCAGUCAGCUUAAUUUUUUAUAAACUGCAGUUCUCAAACAUACUGUGUCAGACUAGGAUAUAUUCGUGUAAAUUAGCAACCUUGUAGGAGAAUAGUGAAACUUGGCCUUUUAAGACAUUGCAGAGUUCAUUCUAAUAGAUAAUA